UUUCAUGGAUUAACACAGAUAUAUAACAACAAAUUUUCUUUUCAAAUUCAAAAUUCUUUAUAUCCUUAUGAACCAUAUUAACAUGCAAAUUCAAAGAGUAGGCUCCAAUCAGCAGUCUCCUCUCUCUCACUGGUGAUGGCAAAGGUUUUCUGUUUAGUUUGGGCAUUUAAUAGGAAAAUAUAAGCUGGUGUGAAAGAGCACUUUCUUAGAGAAGAUUUCAGAAGGGACAAACUAAUAGCUACCAGACGUGUUGAUACUUCAAAAACCCUGAAGAUUCCAGAGCAACUAACAACUGCUGAGGCCACAGAUGAUGAGCUAGGCCAGAUUCACCCGAGGAGGUUAAACAUUGGACUAUAGUUCAAAAGUGACACAUUCAUUUCAUCCAGAAAACAAUGGCAAUUCCGAACAGGAGGCGUUUCAACAUCUGUCUGCUACUCUUCAUAUGCCUACACCUUUCUUCAGCCAGGCAUGGCAACAGUAAGAGUCACACAAAACACGAAAACAAAGCAAAUUCAAGGUUUCUAUCCCACACACAAAAAGACCAAGGCAGCAGUGACUCACAACAGUCAUAUCUCGACUUGCAGAAGAUAAAUCUAGAAGAAGAGCCUCUCAAGCUCAAACAGUUUAAUUUCUUUGAAACUGAUGGAAAUGCAGAGAUUGCAGGGGAACCCAAAAAUGCCAUAGACACUAUAAAUAAUUAUAAAGACAGGCAGUGCCUGAUUGUGGAGGAGGUCCAGAGCUCUGUGAUACAGCUCUUACACACAAGUUAUCAAUACGGUAAAUCAAUUCACACCCUGGAAGAGCUGCUAAAAAAGUUACAGAGGGAGCUGCACAGAGUGAAAAAAUUCCAACAGAAUAUCCAGAAACUAAAACAGCAGCGGCAGAAUGAUGUUGGUGACACCACCUAUGCCGAGGCCCAAGUGGCCUCCAGCGUCCAAACCGGCCGCGUGUCUACCCAACCCAUGGAUUCCCCUCAACCUGCUGACAUGGAGAAGAAAAUGUUGGAAAAACUGGAAGAGAAAGCAUUAAACAUCACUGACGAGCUCCACGAGUACACCAACACCAAGUACCACAGCCUCUCCAAGAAGGUGCACCAUCUUGAAAAGCGUGUGGAGAAGGACAUGAAGGAGUUGGCGCAAAAGGACCAGGAGGUGAAGACACUGAUGAGGAAGCUGCACGAUAAGGAGCAGAUGCUGGUGGCGCAGGAGGACACCACCAAGGCGCUACAGGCAAGGAUGCAGUGGGUGGAGGAUGCUGUGUUCAGGAUGAUCAGCAAGCCACAGGAACUGCAGCCAGUGGAACCCAAGAAAGAGUGUCCAGAUGGGUUUUUCCGCUAUGCCCUGUCCUGCUACAAGUUUGUGAACAUGACAGCCAACUGGCCUAAUGCAGAGGCCCACUGCCAGGGGCUGCACCCCAAGUCCCACCUGGUGGGCGUGGAGACCAAGGAGGAAAACGAGUUUAUUUUGUCAUAUAGGAAAUACAAUCAAGCCAAGUGGACAAGCCCAUGGUUCUGGACAGGAGGCACAGACAAGGAGAAGGAGGGAGACUGGAGGUGGAUUGGGACAGGUCAAAAAUUAACCUACACCUACUGGACCCCGCAUGAGCCCAAUGACCACACUGGACGCCAGAACUGCCUCUACUACACAGCCUCAGGGAACCAGACCUGGGAUGACUGGAACUGUGAAAACCUUUACAUCAACUUUGUGUGUGAGAUAGAGUUAGAACAAAACCAAUAAGAUGGGUACUGAAACCUGUACAAUAACUGUGUGUGAACUAGACUUAAAAACCAAUGAGAUAAUGUAUGGCAAUAGUCAUAGAAAGUAUACAAUUGACUUUGGGUAUGAUCAUAGUAAGUUGGACCAAAUCAAAGAGAUCACACUUUGCUUAAGUUGCUCAUAUUUCUACUCUGUUAUGUAUGAUAGAGAUGUAGCAUGUUCAAUUGAUUUAUGUCAAAGAGUUUUGGGUCAACUUUUGAAGUUAAUGCCAGCUGGAACAAUUUCAAUUAAGAGAAAUGUGAUCAUGUCACACAAUGGUUAUCAUCUUUGGUUCUUUGUAUGAUGUCAUGUUAAACAAUAUUUCAGUCUUUUGAAGUUGACAUGAUGUCAUCAUCAAAAGCCAGGAUUGCCAGGUCAACAUGUUAACACCCACUCUAUGUAUUUUUUUAUUAUCAUUCCCCCUUUGUUCUCAUGAGCUAUUCUAUUGUCAUAGACAUGAUACAAUGUAUCCAGACAUUUUGGGAAUUAUAACACUGGCAACCAUACAAAGCAACUUCAGCUGCAAUCUCUAUCCUAUAAUGAGAGGGAGCUCAAACUAAACAGCAAUAAGCAAAACAAUGAGAUUGUUUCUAGCUGUUUACAAGAUAUCAUGCCAUGCCUGUACAUAAAAUAUUUGUUAGAAAUGGAAUUCAAUUCUUCACUGCAGCAUCAUAUAUCUCUUUGUUGAAAUAUUUGAGAUGUGUGUAUAAAUAUAGU